AAGGGAACCAACGGCUUUCAGAGGACAGAGAGGGGGAGACAAGCGAGACGGCGAGGAGAAGUUGGGACGACAUCAUGCAACAAGUGAAAACUUACCUUUGGGAUCCAGAGAAGAGAGAAUUUUUGGGUCGCUCAGGCCAGAGUUGGGGCCAUGCUGCUUCAUCUCAUGCAAUUUCCCUGGGGCCUGUUUGGGGGUCUCAUAAAGGGAGAGAGCAGACUGCUACUAUUUUGCUCAAGGACUCUCGAGGUUGCUGAAUUCCCCUUCAUCUAGGUCUGAUUUUAUUCUUUUACUUUAUUUUAUAUGUGUUUCUGGCUGGAAUGUUCACACUUUGUAUGUACACAAUGAUGCUUACUAUCAGCCCUUACCUACCUACUUACAGAGAUCGAGUCACUCCUCCCGGAGUUAUGAUUAGACCCUACACACACAGCUUCAUCUUUAACUUCAAUGCAUCAGAACGCAGUUCGUGGUCAUCUUAUGUGGACAGCUUACAUCACUUUCUAGAAGCAUAUAAUGACAGCCUUCAGGAAGAAAAGAACAUAAAUUGCCUUCGAGGAGCGUACUUUUUCCAGGAUGGAAAAGAUGAUGAAGAAAAGAAAGCCUGCUGGUUUAAACGCUCCUUUCUGGGGAACUGCUCCGGCAUCGAGGACCCGACCUUCGGGUAUUCCACCGGCCAACCCUGCAUCCUGCUGAAGAUGAACCGGAUCAUAGGCUUCCUACCUGGCUCUGGAGGACCUGUGAAUGUUGACUGCCAAGUUCAGAAAGGCAACCGGAGUGACCUCAAGGCUGUGGACUUCUAUCCAGAGAACGGCACAUUUGAUCUCAUGUACUACCCUUAUUACGGCAAGCUUACCCACGUAAACUACACCUCCCCCUUGGUGGCUAUGCACUUCACUGAAGUGAAGAAGAACCAGCCCGUGGCUUUACAGUGCCUCUUAAUAGGCAACGGCAUCGUGAAUAAUGUUAACAACGACCGCUUCGUGGGCCGAGUUCUCUUCACCCUGAACAUUGGAGGGUAAUCACGUCUUGGAUACCCUGUGGCUCGGUUCCACUCCGUCACAAUCAGUAACCACCAAAUUCCUUUCCCCCUGUUGAUUAGGAGAAUCUCCGAACACAGGAACGGUUAAAAUUUGGAGAACAGGCACUUGGAUUUCUCUGUACUUGAAAAGUCAAAUAUCACUGUUGGAUUGUAUGGAUAGGCUCUACCCUUGUGAAAAAAUUCAGAGAAUUCUGUUUUUUCAUCUACUUGAUAAAAGUAGCCCUCUGUUUAUAGCCACAGGGUAGUAUAAUUCCAAAAGAGAAGCAGCAGAAUUUCUAUUUAGACUCUUUCCUUUGAAUUCUAAGUAUUUUCAGAUGGUCCCUUCAGAAAUUGACUAUUGUGCUCUCCCAGUUCAGUAGAAAGCAAAUAAUGUGAAAGGCGGUUAAUUGGCCAGCCAGUUCUGAGCUGAGGUAGGACCCCAUACUAAGAAAUAAUUAGGUAUAUGUCUGAGAAACAAAUUUCAGCUAGCUGAACCAAAUGGGAUUUAGUUACCUGAACAAGUCUCAGUCCCAGUUAGUUUUGAUAACUAGCUUUCUAUCCAGGCUGUUGAAUUUCUCCCAUCCAUCUGAGACUAUUUAAUGCCAAAUGCAGAGAUUAAAAAUCUCCACGCAAACGCACAGGUUCCACAUAUCCGGCAAAUUCCUCCUGCUCCAAAAAGUACCUGGCCUCCAAAUUCUUGUGACUAACCCACUUCGCCUUGGCCUUGUGACAGGUGAGAGGGAAGUUAUCAGGUCCAGUUCAAUGUCUGCCUCCCCCUCUAGGCUUUAAGUUUGUUGUGGGCAGGAAACGUGUCUACCAAUUUUGUUACAGUGCACUCUCCCAAGCGCUUAGUACAGUGUUCUGCAAACGUAAGCACUUGAGAAAUAUGGUUAACCAGCUUCUCAGACAGUUGCCUCAGUUGGCUGAGAGGGAGCUGAGUGGCCGAUAUUGAUAACAAGCCCUUUGGAUGAAUUUCAGUGAUGUUUCCUCUCCUAACAUGUAAAUUCCAAGGUAAAAUACCCCUUUUUUCUUCCAUAGAUUUCUGAGCCUCUGGCAGAACAUCGUUUUCUCUUCCACAUAUUGAUAAGAUACACAGCCCGGAGAUGACCUCACAGCUUUAGGGCCCAGAAAAGAGCCAAAUCCCACUCUAGAGAUGUCCUAUCCUCCUACCCCACACAUCCCCCCUACCCCAUGUGGCUGUGGCAGGGCAAGAAAGUUCAGCCAAUUCUCAGCUACUCGAGGACAGAUUAGCAAAUUUCAGGGUGGUCCUUUCUCAAUCUGUUGGCUUGUUUGUAAUUCUUGGUAGCCCCUUGUAAACAAGAGGAAAUAGGUAGGGAAUAAAGGAAAAACUGCACUCAAGCAGUUUCAUCUUCUGUUCAUUCUAGUUAGAAGUUGACAAACUAGUAAGUGAAGUAAUAUUUUGGGUUAUCUGUGGAUUUCAAAUGUCCAGGUUGUUUUAACCUCCAUUACCACAAGUAACUGAGAUUUGGCUGUAGUCAUAAGGAGGACUGGAAGUGGCAAAUUCCAUGAUUCUUAAGAUUUCCCACCUUUAAAGUGAGGAGGGCUGUGCAAGUACAAUUCCAUCUAUGUGCAUUUUCUGGUCCCCAGUUCAGCUCACCAGAAAGCAUUUUUUUAAGUAGUGUGCCCACAUCUACAAAGACUGUGAUUUGUCAAAUCUCUUCCAGAAUAUGCCACAAUCUGAUAAGACAACUCUGAUUCCCCUGGGGAGGGGGUAAUUUGGGUCACCUUUCCCCAGGGAUGUGAACCUCACCCAUGCAAAAUGCCUUUAAAUAAGUGGAACAGUGGUUCUAGACUGUAAGGCCGGUAUAGGCAGGGAUUGUCUCUAUUGCUGAAUUGUACUUUCCAAGCACUCAGCACAGUGCUCCGCACACAGUAAGUGCUCAAUACAUAUGAUUGAAUGGAUGAAUGAAUGUACGUGCAAAGCCACUGGAAAGUGAAUUUAACAUGCAGGCCUGAGGUGGUUUCCCCCCGCCAUUUAUGAUUUAUCCUUGCACAGUACAUUCCCAAUACCCUAGAUUGCCAGCUACUAUCCAAUAGGUAUUCCAUUAUUGUCAAUCAUAUUUAUGGAUCUCUUACUGUGCUCCCCACUAAACACUUGGGAGAGUACAACAUAGCACAUUCUUUGCCCACGAGUUUCAAGUCUAGAGGGGGAGACAGACAUUAAUAUAGAAAAAUAAAGAUUUGUACAUAAGUGCUAUCAAGGAGAUAUUUAGUCCCCAGGUACCUUGGUUCAAAUAUAUCCUGUCAUUGUGGCCAGACAGGUAUUGGAUGGUACUUCUGGCCCCCAGAUAUUGUUCCUUAUGAAACCUGAUUUUUUAUAUAGGGGAUUUGACCCUAAUAAAUCUAAAUGAAAAUAAAAUGCAUGGCAUUUCUGUAACAUG